GGUUUGGGUUGGAAGAGCUUCAGACUGAGCCUGGUACAGUGGCAUAAACAUGGGCUUUGGCGUCAGACAGCCCUGAGCGGGGCCCCAUUGCCCCACCCCCGAGGAAGGCGAGGGGGGGUGGCAGGGGGCUGCGGAAAGGGGCUGGGCUGGGUUGGGCUGUCUGCAGCUCUAGUCCAGGAGGCUGAGACUUCGAGAGGGACUUAGAGAAGGCAGACGCAUCCCGAACUCGCUGGAGGACAAGGCUCAGCUCUUGCCAGGCCAAAUUGAGACAUGUCUGACACCAGCGAGAGUGGUGCAGGUCUAACUCGCUUCCAGGCUGAAGCUUCAGAAAAGGACAGUAGCUCGAUGAUGCAGACCCUGUUGGCAGUGACCCAGAAUGUGGAGGUCCCAGAGACACCGAAGGCCUCAAAGGCACUGGAGGUCUCAGAGGAUGUGAAGGUCUCAAAAGCCUCUGGGGUCUCAAAGGCCACAGAGGUCUCAAAGACCCCAGAGGCUCAGGAGGCACCUGCCACCCAGGCCUCAUCUACUACUCAGCUGACUGAUACCCAGGUUCUGGCAGCUGAAAACAAGAGUCUAGCAGCUGACACCAAGAAACAGAAUGCUGACCCGCAGGCUGUGACAAUGCCUGCCACUGAGACCAAAAAGGUCAGCCAUGUGGCUGAUACGAAGGUCAAUACAAAGGCCCAGGAGACUGAGGCUUCACCCUCUCAGGCCCCAGCAGAUGAACCUGAGCCUGAGAGUGCAGCUGCCCAGUCUCAGGAGAAUCAGGAUACUCGGCCCAAGGUCAAAGCCAAGAAAGCCCGAAAGGUGAAGCAUCUGGAUGGGGAAGAGGAUGGCAGCAGUGAUCAGAGUCAGGCUUCUGGAACCACAGGUGGCCGAAGGGUCUCAAAGGCCCUAAUGGCCUCAAUGGCCCGCAGGGCUUCAAGGGGUCCCAUAGCCUUUUGGGCCCGCAGGGCAUCAAGGACUCGGUUGGCUGCUUGGGCCCGGAGAGCCUUGCUCUCCCUGAGAUCACCUAAAGCCCGUAGGGGCAAGGCUCGCCGUAGAGCUGCCAAGCUCCAGUCAUCCCAAGAGCCUGAAGCACCACCACCUCGGGAUGUGGCCCUUUUGCAAGGGAGGGCAAAUGAUUUGGUGAAGUACCUUUUGGCUAAAGACCAGACGAAGAUUCCCAUCAAGCGCUCGGACAUGCUGAAGGACAUCAUCAAAGAAUACACUGAUGUGUACCCCGAAAUCAUUGAACGAGCAGGCUAUUCCUUGGAGAAGGUAUUUGGGAUUCAAUUGAAGGAAAUUGAUAAGAAUGACCACUUGUACAUUCUUCUCAGCACCUUAGAGCCCACUGAUGCAGGCAUACUGGGAACGACUAAGGACUCACCCAAGCUGGGUCUGCUCAUGGUGCUUCUUAGCAUCAUCUUCAUGAAUGGAAAUCGGUCCAGUGAGGCUGUCAUCUGGGAGGUGCUGCGCAAGUUGGGGCUGCGCCCUGGGAUACAUCAUUCACUCUUUGGGGACGUGAAGAAGCUCAUCACUGAUGAGUUUGUGAAGCAGAAGUACCUGGACUAUGCCAGAGUCCCCAAUAGCAAUCCCCCUGAAUAUGAGUUCUUCUGGGGCCUGCGCUCUUACUAUGAGACCAGCAAGAUGAAAGUCCUCAAGUUUGCCUGCAAGGUACAAAAGAAGGAUCCCAAGGAAUGGGCAGCUCAGUACCGAGAGGCGAUGGAAGCGGAUUUGAAGGCUGCAGCUGAGGCUGCAGCUGAAGCCAAGGCUAGGGCCGAGAUUAGAGCUCGAAUGGGCAUUGGGCUCGGCUCGGAGAAUGCUGCCGGGCCCUGCAACUGGGACGAAGCUGAUAUCGGACCCUGGGCCAAAGCCCGGAUCCAGGCGGGAGCAGAAGCUAAAGCCAAAGCCCAAGAGAGUGGCAGUGCCAGCACUGGUGCCAGUACCAGUACCAAUAACAGUGCCAGUGCCAGUGCCAGCACCAGUGGUGGCUUCAGUGCUGGUGCCAGCCUGACCGCCACUCUCACAUUUGGGCUCUUCGCUGGCCUUGGUGGAGCUGGUGCCAGCACCAGUGGCAGCUCUGGUGCCUGUGGUUUCUCCUACAAGUGAGAUUUUAGAUAUUGUUAAUCCUGCCAGUCUUUCUCUUCAAGCCAGGGUGCAUCCUCAGAAACCUACUCAACACAGCACUCUAGGCAGCCACUAUCAAUCAAUUGAAGUUGACACUCUGCAUUAAAUCUAUUUGCCAUUUCUGA